AUGAAGCUCGUCUCGCGCCUCGCCGGCGCCACCGCCCUGCUGCUGGCCGCCAGUCUCGCGCCGCUCUCGCACGCCUACAGCGACCUGUCUGACGACACGCUCAAGGCCAUCCCCGCCGCUCCGCAGGACUUCGACAUCCACAACGGCGCCCUGCUCGCGCCCAUCCUGAUCCCCCGCGUGCCGGGCACGCCCGGCAACGAGAAGGUGCGCCAGCACUUCGUCGACUUCUUCGCCAACACGCUGCCCAACUGGCACGUCGAGCUGCACAACUCGACCUCGACCACGCCCACGAGCAACGGCGAGGAGAUAACGUUCGUCAACGUCAUUGCGACGCGGGAUCCGCCGUGGACUAAGCCCGGCGACGUGGGCAGGCUGGCGCUCGUGGCGCAUUAUGACAGCAAGUUGACGCCGCAUGGUUUCAUCGGCGCGACGGAUAGCGCGGCGCCGUGCGCGAUGCUCAUGCAUGCGGCGAGGAGCAUUGACGAGGCGUUGACGAAGAAAUGGGAGAAGAUGGAGGCCGAGGGCGUGGGCGCCGGUGGGCUUGAGGAGGAGAGGGGCGUGCAGAUCAUUUUGUUGGAUGGCGAGGAGGCGUUCCUGAGCUGGACCGAUACCGAUUCGCUAUAUGGCGCGAGAGCAUUGGCCGAGACGUGGGAGGCUACCCACCACGCUGGCAUAUCUACCUUUCAGACGGCCAUUUCCUCGAUACAGCUCUUCUUGCUGCUCGAUCUGCUUGGCGCGAAGAGUCCCAGGGUACCGUCGUACUUCCAAACCACCCAUUGGGCGUACAAGGCCAUGGCGAAGCUUGAGAAGCGUCUGCGUGACCUGGGCCAGUUCAAAUCUUCGCCGAAUCACCCUUCGAAGAAGACUGCGGCUAAAAAAAGGAACGAGCCGAGAUUUCUGUCGGACGCAGACAAGGAUGUUAGCCCGUCCAUGGGCGGGAUGGUGUCCGACGACCACCUUCCAUUCAUGGCGAGGGGAGUUGAGAUUCUACACAUAAUACCCACGCCAUUUCCGCGGGUCUGGCACGAAAUGGACGACGACGGAGAGCAUCUGGACCUUGAUACCGUAGAGGACUGGGCUAAGCUGGUGACUGCCUUUGCUUGCGAGUGGAUGGAGUUGGAGGGAUUCAUGGAUACCGCUCAAGCCUCCAACAUAGCGGUGCAUGCGGACGAAGGGCAAGACGGUACGAAGCGGAAGAGAACGAUGGAUAAGGACGAAUUCGUGUUCGAUCUUGGCGCUUAUGUUCUCGACAGGCAACCAUCCCGGAAGCGCCAGGGUUCUAUGUUUGGUAUAUCUGCGGAGCCAGAUGAAAAGCCUCCUCCCCGAACUCGCGCCCUGAAGCUUUUACAACGAAAGCCAUCUCACCCCCGUAAGCCGGAUUCUGCAUCUGUCGAGGUUCCGAUCGAAUGGGAUGUCACACGAGAGUUCAUCUUGUACCCGGACGGCAGAAGGGGCCUGGUGAAACUUCCCCUUACUCACCUUGUGCAGCGCCCGUCGCACAAAAUGGUGGAAAAAAUCAAGGAGGGCGAGCUUCUGGACUUUCUGGCCGGCUGUAAAAUCACACCUGCGGUCGAUAUCGCCCACGAAUGGGGUCUAGAGGGCAGCAUAGUGCUCUACGAUCCGCGAGAUCCACCAGUCUUCUGCAUCGAAUACGUCUACGUGACGGAUCACCUGCGUGAGGAGUCCGAGACUAGGCGCCACGUCUUGGCUGAUCCGAAAAGAAACCUCUUCUUCAUCACGCUCAGAGGGGACGAUCUUCCCACCUAUCAUUUCUGGCAGGAUGUUGAGAAGGAUGGCGAUCCAAGAGAAGCCAUAUACUGGACAACCUACGUGAACGGACGCUCCCCGAGACGAGUAAGCCAGCAGCUGGAUGACGACGAAAUCGAGAUUGUGGGCGAGCUUCAUCGGGCACGUGAACCUUUCGAUGACGAAGAAGAGAAAGAUGUUGUCCAAAUGCCGAAGUCAAAGGAUGGUGGGUUGGUGAACGGCAUUAUCGACGAAUCAUCGGGCGAGGACUCUACUGCACUUGACGAGCCAGCUUUCGGCGAGCAAAACAAAUUGAUUUCGGUAUCCACCCCCAAACCAACGACCACUUCGGACGAUGAGCUCGGCUUGACGGAGCUCGUUGGGUCGGUCUACGAUUCGGACGAAGAGUUCGAUUCAGACGAGGGUUCUGAGUGGGACGAGAACUUCGGUGUCGAUUCAGAUAAUGACGUCGAUUCGGACGAAGGCGCCGAGUCGGACGAGGACUACAUGCCUGAGGGAGUCGUGCUUCACAGGGGUCGUUCGAGCUAUGGACUUGACCCGUCUGCCACGUACUACUACAGAUGCCCUCCUGGGCUAGCUGAGCGUGGAGACCGAGACCUAAGCGACUUAAUCGAGACAUGGGAGGACAACCUUCGUGUUCGUGGGCUUGCAUCAACCCUCCAGGGCUUUAGCGAGUACCAACCUGGAGGUGAUGAGAUUUGGCAUUUUGAUGGAGGAGAACCCCCUUACGAGCCUCCAAGGCGCAGAUGGCCUCCAGGUAGAGCCUUCGACACAGUUGCUUAUAAGCUGGCCAUCGCUUCCGAGAAUGGUGGGCCAGUCCAAAGGCUCAUUGGAGACGAGCCAUGGACACGUAACGAUAAUAUUGGUUUCUGGAACGGCAACUACCGGGGCAUGUAUCACCCACUCGAAGAUUACACCCCGGACUAUCAUAGGCAGCCGACAGACGUUAGAGGGAUGGAGACUAAGAGGCGUUAUAUGUUCCAGCCGAGCUUCAACGACGGCGAACAACUUUCCGACUUGGUGGACACCCGGAACCCAUGGAGGAGCGGACUAGCCAACAUUUUCGGCGACCCCUUUCCAAACUACUUACCCUCCCCCGCCUCGGAAAUCUUGUCCCCCAUGGACUUCCAGCACGAUGGACCAAAUAUACGGCCCCAGCGCGGCCAUCCAAGCAUACGAGACGUCAUAAUUACAUCCUACGAUGAGGAUGGGAACCCACGGGAUUCGGAUUACGACGUCGUAAUGACCGACCCGCUGCACCGCCAGCGCAAGCAGUCCCAAGUGCAGACCGACCCGGGGUACCGCGAGAUCAAGCUGUACGACGGCAGGGUGAAGCCCGACGCGCUGCCGGAUCCGUCGCGCCCCUUCCGCGUGUGGAAUUGGCAUGGCUUCACAUCGAAUGAAAAAGACAGGAAUGAGCAAGUAAUGGCCUUCUGGACAGUUGUAGCAGAGUUGAUAUUCGAGGGGAAGAUGGGCAACUACGUGAUAAAGCUGAAGGCCUACAACGACGACGGCACGGAACCGGAAGACGGGUGUAUGCUUAUGACCCUCAGCAUGGUUCAAACAAUCUUUGAGAAUCGAAUGUCAGAGUACCUAUCGGAUCCGGCGAGGAAUGAGGUGUACUUGGUCCCAGCGCCAGAUGCACUCGAGGCCCUUGACAGGAAGAUAGAAGCAGCCAUCGGUAUCCCCAUCUUCACGCAGUCCGGUAAUACCACCAGCACCCUCCACCGACUCCGCGGCAGCAGCGCUGCGAUGACGAUCUCCUCAGGCGCAGCAGCAGCAGCAGCAGUCCUACACAACAACAGCAGCAGCAGAAACGAGCCAGCUCAUCCGCCGUUCGUGCCCACCGACUGCCGCGACUGCGGCAGCUGCCUCACCAGCCCGAUCGCGUACGCGGCGCACCACAUCGAGCACUUCAAGGGCCGGACGGGGUCGCCGCAGGAGCUGCAUCCGGAGGUGCAGCAGGCGCUCAAGCGCGCGCGGUUCCGGCACAUGUGCCCGGAGUGCGGGCUGGACUUGACCGAGGCGUCGACGUUCGGCUUCGCGAUGCAUCGGCGCGGGCACGAGCAGCAGCGGUCAGCAGCUCGCUCUGCCACGAAGCCUCGACAAAGGCCGUCUGGGAAACGUGUUGCGUUUGAGCCAGCAGAGAGAAGAAGAGGGGCAUCACGGGCUCGCCCCAACACGGGUGCCACGAGAGAGGAGGUGGAGGAGGAGCAGGGAUUGGGCGGUAGGCUCUGGGAGCUCCUGUCGGGCGUGUACAGCGCGAGCGUGGAACGGGUCAGAUCAGCGAGCGCGCCGCCGGCGCCUCUCACAUCAUCUUCCUCUGCUCAAGCUGAUCUGAAGAAUUUCUCUUCCCCUCACGUAUACAGAGGCUAUCCCAGGAAGCUGUUCCCAGGCCCGACCCCGCCGCCAAACAGCUUCGACGAGUCGUACCUGAAGAACGCGCGCAGCAUCCGGCCGCUUCCAUACCCCCCUCGAUCGUUUCUCCCGCCGGCAGCAAACAGCUUCUUCCCUCGCGCCACGCGCGCGACCUCCCUGCCUCCUCCGAAGAGCCGCAGCAGCAGCCUCCUAGACGACGACGACGACGACGACGAAGAUAGCAGCAUCGCCUCCUCCCUGCACCGCCGCCGCAAGGGCGGGCACAACAACAACAACCACCAGGACGGCAACAACAACAACAACAGAACAGAAGUCGGCGGUGGCGUCAAGAACUGGUUCGCCCGCGUUUUCAACCGCGACCACCCUACAUCACCACCACCCUACGAACGGCCGCCGCCGCCGCCAGCAGGCCUCCUCCUCAGUCCACGCACCGCUGCCGCGCGCCGCGCCCGCCUCGGCGGCGAAGAAAUCAUCACCGCACCGCACGAAAUCGAAGCCGCGCGCGCGGCGGAGCUGCGGCUGCGCGACGACAUCGACAAGCUGCGCUGGGUGCACUACCUGCUGCCGGCGCUGCAGUGGGGCGCCGUCACGCCGCAGCACCUAGUCGAUCGGCGGAAUGAGAUUAGGCUGGACGAGAUGCGGCGCGAAGCCGGCGGGUGCGGGGACGAGGGGUUGAUGGCUGAGGGGUGGUUGCGGCGACGGGCGCGGGAGAUGUACGAUCGGGAGCGCGGGAUCUACUCGAGGAGGAAGGAAGAAGAAGGCGCCCGCGCGACGACGGGGGGCCCGUUUAACGAUGCGGAGUUGAGAUUUAAGUGGCACCAGGGGAAUUUCUGGCGGUUGCAGGACUUUUCGCUCGUGGUGGAGUGCAGGAAGAUGCGUGGGGAGGAGAGUGACGGAAAGGCGGAGUUUCCGGAUUGGGAGCUCGCGUGGUAUGCCGAGCGCGCGAUGGAGAGGAAGGGGCCGGGCGAGUAUGGGGAGGAGGAGGGGAAGGAGCAUCAUAGGUGGCGGUUGAUUCAGCGGAGGGAGAGGUUGAAGAAGGAGUGGGCGAGGAGGCACCCCGGUUGGGACGAGAGUCAGGAGACUGAGCCGUAUCAGGAGGGCGUGAUGCCGACGAGGUGGGAUCUUGGUAUUCGCAGGAAGCCGGUAGGAGAGCCGCCACGGCGCAGCCAGCACUUUGGUCCUGGACCCGGACCGGUGGUGGUGGUGAGGAGGAAACCUGUCGGUAGCGGUGUUGGUCCCGUUCUGCACAGACGGAGAAGUCCUACCGCCAGGUAUCACCCAUACGCUGUUGAAGCUGCUUCCCCUGAAUCCAGUCCCGUAAGGAGAAGAGCACUCUGGCGUCGAGUGCGCUCAAGAGAGGGCGACGACGAUGCUCUGGCAGAGAGACAGCUGCUGAGGCAUGGCGAAAUCGUCCCACUCAGGUUGUCCCACGCCAUCGCCACUGGUCAGCCUAUGGCUAUGAUAGAGGAAGAAUGGCUCCCUACGAUUCGCAGAUCGCCAAACUUAACGAGGUUUUGGGUUUUGCUGAUCAAAGAGCUGGAGCGUUAUGAGCAACAGAGAGCAGAGAGUGAAGAGGAAAAGCGGCAGGUCCGCCAGCAGACGCGCCGGCGGUCCGGGGUUGUUCUGGGCGAGGUUGCAAAUGGUAGCGACAGUGGUGAGUGA